AUGUGGUACUUGCACAACGAGGUGGUGUGGAUGACCCCGCGAAAGUUCAAUAUCACAAGGCUCCAGCGCUUCAAAGUCUCAAGUCGGGCACCGCAACCCCUCUACAAUUUGGGCAUGAACUUCGGAGUUCGUUACGCGUACGAUGCCGCGCAGUGCACUGGACCUUGGAACUGCGACCUCAGCUAUGGGAGGUAUGGCUACUUUGUUGGAUGCAACAAUCUGGGGGAGUUUCCCUUCCCUACCUACCAAAUUUACUACGAGGGAGCCAAGUGGUACACACUUCCAGGACCAUGCCCAGCCAACACGUGGCAGGAGAAGGACGCCGCCUGCAUCAAAGACCAGCCGGGCGGCCUCUGUGAAGGCACUCCCACAGGUGCUGGGGACUGCACGUACAGCAUCGAGCAUGCGGGAGAAAUCUCGAUUGACGAGAUGACGGGCAUCGAGGACUACGGCCGCUUUAUCAGCGAAGGGCACGUAGAGUUCAACAAGGCAGACGACAAAGGCGACGGCCUGGAAUUCUGGAACAAGAUGAACGACACCGAAGCCAACACUGAAAGGAUGGCAAAGGUAGACAAGCUGUUCAAGGACAAGUUCCCGGACAUGCCGAGCGAUGCAGAUCUGCCGUCACCGACAUGUGAUUUCCAGAUGGAGCAGUUUUAUAAAGGAAUCACCACCACGACCACUACCACCAGCACCACUACGACAACGACAACAACAACUACCGUGGCACCUCUUUGCACAGUUAGCGAUCGUUGCUCUGGUGCUGUGCGAUGGGCCAUGCAACAUGGCAUCGGAGCUCACCCAGAGUGGUAUCCAGGUCUGUCAAAGCACUCCAGCUUCUCAGACUUUCAGGCGCAAAUCCAUCGAGCCACGCCAGACGUCUGUCCUACCCCCUGCCACGGCAAUUCCAAACCGGUUUCGCACCCGGCUCCAACAACUCCAGCAGCAGCGCCCGCGCCGGUCGCUCCUGCUGGUUGCCGAGAUGCUCACCCAGGAGAGUCCUGCUACUCGGCCGUGCGGUGGGCAAUGCGCCAUGGAAUUCGAGAGCAUCCACAUUGGUAUCCUGGACUUUCUUCCACCUCCAGUUUUGCAGACUUCCAGGCCCAGGUGCACAAGGCCACGCCCAGGAAGUGCCCUCCACCUUGCACUGCCCGCUGA